AUGUAUUCAAGUCCAUUUCGAAGCCCCAGAAGAAGUAAAAGUCCAAGUACAACAACAUUUUCAUCAUCUCCGAAGUUUACUAAUAGUCCUUCUGUUGGAAGAGAUCGAUUUUCUCCAUCACACCGUUCUCCAACUAGAUCUUCAUCAUCUUCCUCGUCAUCUCCACACUCACCUUUAAGUUCAUCACCAAGAUGUAGUAGUAGUAGUAGAAGACUUCCAAAUGUAGAAUCCAAAAUUCUUUGUGCUCCAGAUGUUUAUUCGACCAUACCAAAUCAAGUUAUUUCAUACUCAGAUUCAGGUGUUUUAGCUAUAGCACUUGCAAAUAAAGUAUAUUUAUACUAUGAUGGAGAUCAAAGAGGACUUUUUGAAUCUUCUUCAAUAAUUGAAGGAUUGUGCUGGUGGGACGACGACCUUGUAAUUUCUUCUGGAGGUAAAAUCGAAGUAUGGCAUACAUCCAGAGAAAAAUCGAUUGUUAAAUUUCAAAAUCAUCGUGCUAUCGCAACGGCACUCGCUGCUUACAAAAAUUACUUUGCCACAGGUGGAGAUGAUGGCAUUAUCUAUGUUUAUAAGCGUAAUUGCUCACAAUUUGUUAAAAUAUCUCUUCCAGGAGCAAAAGUUUGUGCAAUUGCAUGGUCAAAAGAAGGAGAUAGUAUGAUCGUUGCUGAUUCUAAGAAGAGAAUAUUAAUUUAUGACACUGAAUUCGUUCAGAUAGGAUGCAUUACACAUGAUGCUGCCGUAGUAGCUAUAGCUACACUUCCUGGCAACUACCUGGUGACAGGAGAUUUAAGCAAAUAUGGUGUGAUGAGAAUGUUUUCUAUCAAAACUGGUACUGAAGUACGUUCUGUUUGCACAGGAUCUCCAAUAUCUUCUAUUGUAUGGGAUGAUCAUUGGGGCCUAAUUGUAGCAAACGUCAAUUCUCCAUCAACAUGGGAGAUUUGGGAAAAAACUUUCCAAAGAAUUGCAAAAUUCCGCGGACAUGAUAAAGGGAUUAUAUGUAUGGCAUAUCAUAGCCAAUCGCAGCAGCUUGCUACAAUUUCAUGUGAUGAAACUAUCCAAAUCAGCUCCUUAACUGAAAGUUACCAUACAUAUGUAUGUCCAUUUAAACUCGAUUCAACUUUUCGUUGA